GGAUGCCAAUCUCUGCAACCAAGGAGGUUAACCUCACGCACACCCUGUGCUCCAUCUCUGAACUACGUUGUCAAUAAACUUUGGUUGCAGCCUGUCAAAACGAUGAAAGUGGGAUUGUGUAUAUAAUUUUUGUAUGUUUGUUGUGAUGUAAAGUUUCAUCCCUGAAAACGGAAACAUAAUUUUGUCUACAUGUUUUAAAUGAGUCCAGAAAAGAAUUAUUUUAGAGAUGGCUGGACAGCAGAUCUGCUUAAAAUGGAAUAGUUUCCAGUCAAAUAUAGUUACAAGCUUCGAAAGUUUGUGGGAAGAACAAGGCCUUGUUGAUGUAACCUUAGCAAGUGAUGGGCAAUGUCUUCGUGCCCACAAAGUGAUUUUGUCAGCAUGUAGUCCUUUCUUCAGGAAAGUAUUUCAGACUAAUCCGUGCCAGCAUCCUGUAAUUAUUUUACAAGAUGUUCAUUUUUCUGAGUUGGAAUCACUCCUGUCUUUCAUGUAUAAAGGCGAGGUCAACAUAGAACAAGAAAAUUUGCCAGCUUUGCUUAGAGCUGCAGAAACUCUUCAAAUUCGUGGCCUAUCUGGAGCUUCAGAACAAGUUAAGGAAAAGAUGGGAGUGUGUAAAAAGUCUCCAAGCCCACAAGAACCUAUUCCAGUUGAUGGACAGUCUCCUCCAAAGAAGCAACGUACUGUGCAGCAAUCUCAGUCUCCACCAUUACCAUCAACCCCUCUUGCCCUGACACCAACAUCGAGAACAACAACAGAGCGAUUACGGCGACAGUCAGCGUCAUCUGCAGAAGCCUGGGAGCAACAUCAGCAAACGAAUGAACCUGAAUGUCCCCCAAAAGUGAUACCAAAACUUGAGUCGAGAGACAGUGAAUCUGAAAGCCUUGCCUCACCUCUGCUUUCAAUUGAUGAACCACAUGAGGAAAGCACUGAUGGAUCUCUCGGAGGACUUCAGGAUUUAAAGAGUUCCCAAUCAAAAGCAGUGGCAUCUGAUACAGGCCAAAUUAAAGGAGAAGCUGGGUCGGACCUGGUCCUCCCGUACCAGAAGCUGCCCUACGCCUGUCUCCUGCCACGCGCCCAGGUCCUUGCGACUUGGGCCAAAGCUCGCACACUUGAACAACUUGCCUGCGACCUUAUGAAGAUUCUUUUUACGACUGAGGAACGUAUCCUGUGCAAUGUCAAUGGAAAGAUGGGCAAGAGACAAUUUAACAUUCACAAAAUCCAGCUCAUCCGAGAAGUUCUUCAUUUUUUCAGUAGUUUGCCAGCAGCCGAAUUUGAAGAGCAGUGGAAAAGUUGUGUUACAAAAAUCGACACAGCUAACAGGGGCUUGAAAAGAAACCUUGUGUUACGUGGGAGAAAGGCUACUUGCUUCUUGUAACAAGUCUUGAUUAUAGAUGUUGUGGUAUAGGCACAGAAAAAUAGAAAAGUAUAAAUAUUUGUUUCUCCUGUUGGUUAACCAAGCUGUGCAGACACUUUGAUUAAAAAAAUGACGUAAACUGCCUUCACGGUUUUUAAAUUUUUACAGAAAAUGAAACCUCCAGAUAUGAAAGGGAGAAGACAAUCUACCUCUAAAUACAAUAUUUGUAUAUAGAAUUUUAAUACCACAAAAUUAAUUUCUAUGGCUGCAGUUAUGAUUUUCAUGACGUACAAUUAGACGCAGAUAAAUAUAUUACCUGUUAAAUUAUUUUAUUAAAGCCCAUGUUGAAAGGUGGUUUGUUAUAUAUUUCUUAUAACAAUAUUUUGUGAGCUUGCCUAUUGAAGCCAUUGUUUUAAAUACUCUGGGUUGUUUGUGUAAAUUUACACAAACUGCAUGUAUGUAUUUGUACAUAUGCAUAUUGUAAUUUUAUAGUGAAUGUUUAUAUAAUGUUUAGAUGAUAGCACUUAAGAAUGUGCAGAUCCUAAGUGAUUUUUAUUGCAUCUUAUGUUAUGAGCAAUCUCAGUCCAUGCGUGAAAGAUGUACAUAUUUUAUGUGAUGUCCAACGUGUUUUAAAUAAGAGCAGAUGUUCUAUGAUUUGCCAGUUAAUGUUUCAGAGCUUUAUACAAUGUGCUUGUGUUUCAAUGAAUAGGGCUUUAUUCUGUUGUAAAAUGUAUUUAUCUAACAGUCAGACAAAAUUGCCAUCAGAUUACCUAGUAAGUGAGAUUCAGCUAGCUACGCAGAUUCACAGGUAUGCCAGUGUUUCCCUGUGAAAACAAAAAUUACUUCUUUCUCUUCAAAUACCCAUAGCAUACCAUUUUGUACCACAUUUAAAAUUGUUUGGACAGGGAUAAAGCCAAAACAAUUGAGUUGAAUGUUGGGGUAAAAUGGAAACCAGGAAUAGAUUAUAUUUUAUAUAGCAGGAAUGAUUUACUAAAUUGUGUCAUUAUCACUUAAAUGCAUUUUUUGCAAUAAUGAACAAUUUUCUUAAAUUGUUAAUGUGAAAGGGAGACAUAAGAGAACUUCUGAGAGGAGUACAUAGUUUAUAGAUUACUAAAAUUAAGUACAGCAUUUUACUGUGUCAGAUUAGUAAUAAUGGGUUUCUUUGUAUAACAUAUUCAUGAUAUUGAUUUGUCUGCACCUAACACAUUUAAGAGAAAGAAUACUGAGAAAGAAUAAGAAUACUGAGCAUCACAAUUUACCACUCCCGCGAAACUCGCAUUAUUUGUUUACUACCUCCGUCUUCCCUGCCACCAUUCUCCUUUUAUUCUUCACUAUGAAAAUAAAUGUGGCUGAGAAAUGACUGAGUAAUUGCUAGUAAUGGAUCGUUAAUUUUCACUGUGGUUCCAAAGAUACGACGAGAAUAAAAGUAACUUAACAGCAGUGAAACUGAAUUUCAUCUACUUAAAAGGGGAAUAUCUAUAUAUUCCAUGAGUGAAUAGAAACACCCCCCCCCCCCUCUCUCUCUUUCUCUCUCUCUCUCUCUCUCUCUCUCUCUCUCUCUCUCCCCCCCCCCUCCCAUCCCUGUUUCCCCUCUCUCAUCUUGCACUAAUUAAUUCAUCAAACUCACUAAUUAAUUCAUCAAAAUAAUUGAGCAGUUUAUAAUAGGUUUUGGAGAAUCAUAUUUUGUGGAGGCUGGCAAGUCAAAAUUGUAUCUCGUCAUGCAACAGUUUCGCUAUUGCUGGAAAAUCCUCUUUUCCUUGGAGUAAGGCUUAGUACAAAGUCACUGUGCUAGGGUCUGUUGUAUAAGGCAGUGUUUUUCCAGUGCCUGGUGUGCUUCGCACCCAUAUAAAGCCCAACUCUCUUGUACAUUAAACACCUAUGUCAUGACCUUUCUAACAUGAAAAUGACAAUGGUGUAAUACUACUUACUAUUCCAGAGGUAUAAAAAAAUCUCAUUUCAAAAGAUAAAAUUUUUUGAAAAGUCCUAGUAACUGUGUCAGAUAAAUAAAGGUGGGUUAGAUCUUGUAACCAUUGUCAGUAUUGACAUGUCUGUUUCUGAAUAUGUGUAAAAGAAAUAAAAAUACUGGAUUUUAACCACACAUCAUAAUUUACUACUUCUCUAACCCAUUCUGUUAGUGAAAAACACUGGAAGUAGAUAACAUUAUACAAAUAUAGGAUCCGUUUAUAAACAAUGAGUUAUAAUGCACAUUAAAUCAUGUCCUUAUUUCAUAAAUACUCACUAUUAAGGAUUUGGUUCAGUUUAGCUUCCUUUCCCUCUCCUUUGUCACAUUUGAAACUAUAAACUACAUGAUUUUAUGGAAUACCCUGAUUUAGAUCGGUUCAUUGCUGUACAACACAGACACUCACUUCCAAAUUCACAGACGUAUAUAUUUUUAGUGUUCUGGUAAUUAUCCAGUUUUGCACUGCCUCACAUUGCUUCACCCUUGAGAACUCAUGAUUUUUUUUCAUUGCCUUCUUUUGUACUUGUAGCAAGUAAUUUAUUCAGUGCAACAUAUUUUUCAAUAUACUUAUUGACAACAUAGCUAUAAAUGCACUCUGUAAGACCAUUUGCUCAAUUCACAAAAGAUUUCAGUAAACUUUCUGUAAUUUCAGAGUUUCCUUAAAUGAAAUUGUAUAGUAUAAUAACAAAAAAGCUGCCUCAUUCUGUUAUUUAUUCUGGAACUUGCAUGCUCAGAACUUACAUGUUUAACAUUGAAAUUUCAUUUUACUCUCAAAAUAAAUAUUUAACAUAUUCAAAACUAUAUUAUUUGCUUUUAUUGCUUAAUUAAGUUGGUAUAAAGAACUCUAGGUAUUUCCGUCCAUUUGCAAGUAAGUUUAAAAAAAACUGUACAUAUUUUGCCUUUGUUUUAUUUUAAUGUUGCAAUCCUUAGCCACAAAAGUAACUUCCUAACUUUGAAAUGUGAUGACAAAAGCCCUAUUCAUUGAGAAACUUGGCAGUUGAUUGUGCAAUAGAUUGAUUUUAAAUUAUUUUUAUAAGCGCUUUUUGUGUGCUAGAUUUAAUGUGUGCAAGGCCUAGGCUUUUGGGGUAACUUAGUAUAUAAGAAUCAUUUCACAGAGGUGCCCUGUGUAUAAAGGCAUUUUAAGAUGAGGGUAUUAUAAAAUGCUUCAUUUGCAUUAAUGUGAUUGAAAGAUAGAAAUCAGAUUUAUGUGACACGGCUUGCUUGCAGAUUAGAUUUUAGAGUAAAAUGUGUGAUACAUGUGUGUAUACUAGGCUGUUAGUUGUUAUGUUAAUGAACAACUUAUAAGUUGAAGUUAGUGAAAUUAGUGGAGUUCCUGAGUAUGCUGUUAUUUAAUAUGUCAUGGAAAACAUGAGUAUGUUAUGUAAGUAUAUGGAUGUGUGAUUAUAUGCUCAUUAGAGAGAAGAAAGAAAAUGGUGCUUUUCAUGUUAAUAUUUAGUUAACUGCUGUCAAGGUUAAUUGGCAGCAACCUUUUGAUUUAAAAACAAAAAAGUAGAAUAGAAGUUGUUGUAAAAUUGAAACAGGGAGGACACAUUAAUUUGUUUGUUGCAAGAAGUGUUGUUUACCGAACAUCAUAAUGCUAGACUUCUGUUAACUUUUAUUCAGUAAGUUGUCAUUUGGUAUAUAAUAUUUAUUACAUGUGAAACAAGAAGUUUUAUAUGUGCUGAAACACCAUACUCUUGUGUCUUGAGACGAAUUAAAUUUCACUGAAGGUGUAUGUCCAAAGUAAAUGAAAAAUUAGGACAAAGAAUAUGUUUUAUAAUAGAAUUUCUUGGUCCUAAGCAGCUUGUCUGCAGAAAAAGACUGAAAAGAAUACAUAUUACAAAUAUACUUUGCAUACAUUUCCAAUUUAUUUGACAUAUUUGUUUAUAGAAUUUGUGCACUAUCACUUAGUCUGUCCACAAGUGUAAGAAAGAAACACUAAGGGAAUUUAAGUUUCUAUCUUUUUAUUAAUAAUUAAUUGAUUUGAAGUGUGCUGUUCCUCCUUGAAAUAUUUGUUAACUCAAAUGCCUAAACAUCUUCAGUGGAAAUGUCGAUAUAGAAGUGUUCCUAUUAUUAUGUAUUUUGUUAUUACUACUUGUAUGUCUUCUCUAACUGUUGUUUUCCAGUUGAAAAUUUUUCUUUUAAUAUUAACUAUUUAGUUGAUAAUCUUGAAUUUCUAAUAUUGGUUGGUUGACUUAUGAGAAAUCUAUGAAAAAUUCUAUGGCUGUUGCAUUUAAAAAAGAUGUUUUGUGAUAAAUUAUACAAGAAAUCAUAUGGCCAAAAUUAAACGGUAAAUAAUGUAUUAUGUCACAGAGAUAGAAAUGGCAACACUUUUUGUAUUGAUCUCAAGAGCUUCACCAAAAUGAAGUGUUGUGUCACACAGGAAAUUACAUGUUUCAACUGGAGCUUUGAGGCAGCAGCACCAUACCUGAAGAAUUGUAAGUGUGAUAGUUGGAAUGUCCAACAUUCUUAAAUGAAGAUUCUAAGUGUUCCUGCUUGCCUUAAUUUGAAAUUUACACACGUUUUUUUCUCUCUUUUUUCCUGCAUUACAGUUGCCACUUGUGAUUUUGUAGAAAGUAGAGUUUAGUUAUUGAGAUUUACAUAAAGUUGUUUGUGAUACUUCAUAUUAUUGCACUGUUACUGUUAUGUAUUCACUUAUCUACCUUUAAUGAUGUUCACUCUUGUUGCAAGGUUGCAUUCCAUUUCUGCAUAGCUAUAAUUCUGACCAAGUGGGGUGGCUCAGUGUUUAGCACUCUGGACUCAUAUUGGGGAGGACGUCGGUUCAAACACAGGUCCGGGCAUCCAGAUUCAGGGUUUUAGCGAUUUGCCAAAAUUGCGUGAGGUAAAUGCCAAGAUGAUUCCUUUGAAAGAGCAUGGCCGAUUCCCUUCCCCAUCCUUCUCUAAUCCGAACUUGUACCUCAUGACCUUGAUGUCAACGGGACCUUAAACACUAAUCUCCUCCUCCUCCUCCUCCUCCUCCUCCUCCUGAACUAUCAUGCUGCAUUCAAA